AUGUCUUGGGGCCCCGCCGCGGCGGUGCGGUUGCUGGCGCUGCUGAUCUGUUUGAAUGAUGGAAAUGGACUCCAUGUGAAGGUUUACGGUGGACAUGGCAGCAGAGGCAUGGUGGCUCAUCCCAACAGCCUGGUCAGACAGAAGAGAGAAUGGACAGUCCCUCCGGCUUUCAUACGGGAAGAGGAGGACAAUUCCUAUAAGAAUCCAAUUGCUAGAAUACAUUCUGAUCUUGAAGACACAGGGGUAGUGGUGACUUAUACUAUAUCUGGUCAAGGAGUAACAGAACCCCCUUAUGGAUUGUUUGUUAUCAAUGGAAAAACUGGAGACCUGAAUAUAACUGGAAGAGUUGACAGAGAAAAGACUCCAAUGCUCCUUCUCAGAGGUCAUGCAUUAGAUAAGACUGGAGCAAAACUGGAAGAGCCAAUAGACCUCCCAAUUAAAGUUGUGGACAUUAAUGACAAUCCUCCAGUGUUUUCACAUGAAGUUUUUGUUGGCUCAAUUGAAGAAUUAAGUGAAGCAGGUACACUUGUAAUGAGGAUAAAUGCAACAGAUGCAGAUGAACCAAAUAACCUAAAUUCCAAAAUUGCUUUCAGAAUUGUUUCCCAAAGCCCCAGUGCUGCAUUCAGUAUGAAUAAGGAUACUGGCGAGGUUCGAGUAGCAAAAAUAAACCUUGACAGAGAGACACAAAGCAGCUAUUCCUUGGUGGUGGAAGCCAAAGAUCGUGGUGGUGAAGUAGGUGGGAAUGCUGCAACAUGUUCUUUAGAAAUCAAGAUUUUGGAUGUCAAUGACAACCUGCCUGUGGUUCAGAGUAGUUCAUUUGAAGGAAGCAUUGAAGAAAACAGAGCAAAUGUGGAAAUAUUACGAAUAAAAGUAUUUGACCAAGAUGAAGAGUUUUCUGAUAACUGGCUGGCAAACUUUUCUUUUGUUUCUGGUAAUGAAGGAGGCUUUUUUCGUAUAGUAACAGAUGCCCAGACAAAUGAAGGCAUCCUGACUGUUGUGAAGGAACUGGAUUAUGAAAAAAUGCAAAGCCUGAACUUGGGCAUUGUUGUAACAAACAAAGCAGAGUUCCACAAGUCCGUUAAGUACAGUUAUAAAGCAAAACCUAUUCCAAUCAAAAUUAAUGUGGUUAAUGUGAGGGAAGGCCUUGUGUUCCCUGGUGGCACCAAAAUUAUUGAAGCAAGUGAGAAAUACCAGCUCAGCCAGGUCAUUGGGCAGUAUCAAGCCAUUGAUGAAGACACAGGAAAAGCAGCAGAGCGUGUUACGUACAUAAAAGGAAGAGACACAGCAAACUGGAUCACUAUAGACUCGGUCACAGGUGAAAUCAAACUUGCCAAAGAACUUGAUUAUGAAUCAUCUCAUGUGGUAAAUGGCACCUACACUAUCACCAUAUUGGGUGUAACUACUGAUUCUCCUAAGAAAACUGCCACUGGCACAGUCGUUAUUCAGGUUCAAGAUGAGAAUGACAACUGCCCAGUUAUUGUGAACCCUGUGCAGACUGUCUGUUCAGAUACCAAGCUGGUUGAUGUGACAGCUAAUGAUUUGGAUGGCCACCCAAACAGUGAUCCCUUCAGCUUUACAGUCAUUGACAAGCCAGAAGGGACAGCAAAGAAAUGGAUAGUUGUAUCCAGUAAUGGCACCAGCAUACAACUGGCACCACAGAACCUGAAGCCAGGCAGAACUGAAGUGCCCAUCCUAGUAAAGGAUUUCCAAGGGCUCAGCUGUGCUCAGGCCCAGUCUCUGCAGCUGAGUGUCUGUGACUGUGGAGAUGAGGGCGUCUGCAAAGAGAAGUUCAUUAGUGCCAAGUCCGUGAGGCUGGGACCAGGAGCGGUGGCACUGAUCAUCUUGGCCUUUCUGCUGCUGCUGCUUCUUCCCCUGUUGCUGCUGCUGUGUCCCUGUGGCUCAGGAGCAAAGGGAUUUGCUGCCAUCCCAGACUACAGUGAAGCGAUGCUGCGUCAGUGGAACAGCGAAGGAGCAGCUCCUGAGGAGAAGCCAGUGCUCAGCUUCAUCCCACCCACUGCACUGGAGCACUCAAAAGGAGCAGCCAGUGGAGCAGUGACAGCAGCCUCAGCAGCAGCAGGAAUGAGCGGAGAGGAAACUUCAACAGGAGGAGUCUCUACCUCUCAUGUCAGAGAGCAUCACAGCACCAUCACCAAGGAAGGAUGGGAAGAGCAAAGACAUCUCCUUUCUGGUGCUGAGUAUGGAUCCGUGGCAGCUAGAGGGGCUGGAGGCAUGGCAGGGGUAGAAGGCAAGACAGUGGUGGCUGGAGGAGGAGUCAUGGUGGGAGCAGCAGGAGCCAUGAAUGAAGAAUUCUUAAGAGACUACUUCAAUGAUAAAGCUGUCUCUUUUGCAGAGGAAGAUGAAACCCAAGCUGCCAACGACUGUCUCCUGGUUUAUUCCCAGGGAGAGUCAAGCUCCCCCCAUGGCUCCAUUGGCUGCUGCAGUUUUAUUGAGGGUGAUCUUGAUGACCAUUUCCUCGAUGAUUUAGGAGACAAAUUCAAGACUUUGGCAGAAAUAUGCCUGGGCAGACACAUCAACAUGAAAGAUGGAAGCUCCAGGAGUGAAUCAGGCUUUGGUCUUACAGACACAAAGUCACAGUUCUUAGAUCAGCAAGGUGUAUCCAGCUCUGAACAAGCCUUUGCCUCGGGCAGCCGCCUCCAGCCCGUGCAUGCAGGCAGUGCCACAGGAGAAGAGACACUCUCCAAGGAGGUGGUCACAGAAACAACCUUCACAUCCCACUCUGGGCAGCACGACACCCGACCCCUGCCCUCAGCCCACAUGCAGAGCAAUCUCACUGUGACGGAAACUUCCUAUUCUGCAGGGGCUCCUGCCCGCUCCACUGCUGUCUACCUGGACCCCCAGUUCAAGGAGAAUGUGGUGGUGACAGAGAGAGUGCUGGCACCUGCCUCAAGCUUGCAGGGCAUGGUGGAAAUCCCCGUUUUGCCACGUGGAAGUAACGUGGUGGUCACAGAGAGGAUGGUGAAGGCGGGAGGUGCCAUGCCAGGAGCUCUGAUGGUUCAGGAUCUCCCAGACUCCCAGUACGUUGUGGUGAGGGAGCGAGAGAGAGUCCUUGUCCCUGCCACAGAGCACAGCUCACUCAGCAUCCCCACUUCAGCUGAGGGGCACAGUGUGGUGGUGAACGAAAGAGUGGUGACAUCCUCAGGGGUACAGAGCAGAGCUGAACAUGCAGCUGGUGCUGGCCCAGGAAGACAAGAGCACGUGUUGAUCACAGACUCCCUGCUGAACCAGGCAGGCUCCAGCUUGGAAGGGUCACCUUCUGCCACCACCACACUGAGCAAGUCUUCCAGGGUCACCAAAUACAGCACAGUGCAGUACAGUCAGUCAUAG